UACCAUAAUGGCGUCCCAAGAAGAGAUUGCUGCCAAAGCUGCUGACGUUUUACAAGGAAUUGCAAGGCAAAUCAACUGCCUUUCCGAUGAUAACAGAACCACUAGGCGACGUGGCAUUGAUGGAAUUCGCAAGGCAACUCUAGGAAAGGAACCACCACUGGAGAAAGAAAUUCUCAAAGAAGUCCUCAAUCACAUCGUAAAAUCCAUUUUGAAAUGUUUCAGUGAUCCUGUUGAAAAAUGCCGUGAGUUAGCCAUACACUUUAUUGGUGACUAUAUCACAAGCGUUGAUAAUUUCGAAGAUAUUCUGCCGUACCUCAUACCAACACUUGUACAGAGGCUAGGCUGUAAGGAAAUCGUGGAAAAUGCCGAAGAACUGCGACUGACUUUGGUGGAGUUAUUAACCAAAAUUGUUGAGAUUUGUAAGAAAAAUGUUGCCCCCUAUUUAGAUGACAUGAUCCAAAUUCUCCAGAAAACUAUUGUUGAUCCAUAUCCGGAAGUGAAAAAACAAAGUUGUAAAUGCACCUCUCUGUUAGCCAAGACAAUUCCUGAACAUUUCCACUUGCUGUCUGAAUCGCUGAUUGCCCCCCUGCUUCUGACAGUCAGUCACCAACAUUCCAAAGUUCGCGUCGCUUGUAUCAACACUAUAGGUGAUGUUCUGCAAUACGGUAGUCCCAAACCAAUGGAGAAUGUCAUUCCGCACCUAACACAACGUUUUUUUGACCAAGCACCAACAGUCAGAGUUGCUGUAACUGACGUAGUUGGGCACUGGCUGUUGGAUUUUAUUGAUCGUUACUCGUUCCAUUCAAAGCUGAUUCCACUUCUGCUUGGUAGUGUUAGCGAUGAAUUGCCAGAAAUACAAAAUCAGGCAAAACAAUUGUGGAAGGAUGUUGGUGCUAAAUAUCAAGAUGAAAACGAAGAAGAACUGAAAAAACAAAUUGAUUUUGGUGGUCCUGAUCCAGCACUACCACCAGGAGAAGAUGAACGUCCUGGUCUUGGAUGCCGAAUUCUAGUGUAUCGAAACCUUAUCAAGAUUCUGCCCGGUAUAGUGAAUGACCUCUCAGAUUGGACGGUAUCUAACCGAGUCAUGUCCUCCAAGUUACUGUGCGUGUUGUUACUUAAUGCUGAAGACCAUGUGACCCAACACCUGGCUGCCUUGUUAACUGGGCUAUAUAAGGCUUGUGGUGACGAUGAACAACAGGUGGUUGAAAGGGUGAUCAAGUCAGCAGAGUUAACAGGAUGGUUUGUGAAACCUGAAAUCUAUUGUAAUCUUGUCUUACCCACACUGAAAUCUUCCCAGAAUGCAAAUGUUCUUACUAUAUUUGCCGCUUUGAUUAGAGGCACUCCGCCUGGUGUAUUGCAGUCACGGUUACAUGAGAUAUGUGAUACACUAGCUGAACCGGAUGUAUGCAGAGCUGCUGAGAUGAAGUAUCUUUAUCAAGUCCUGGCUUGCACUGACGCUGUUAUCAGUAAAUGUGGUGAAGACUGCAAAGAAUAUAGUUUACAGUUGUUCACUGUAUUGCUGACUGUCUUGGCAAUGACUAACAAUAUAGAUCUUAUGGAUGAGGUCAAAGUAACUUUGAAAAAAUUAUCUGAAGUUCAAGGUCUUGGUGAUUCGUACGAGUUAUAUCAUCAGCACACUAAGCAAGUACUUGAUAGUUUGAAGGGUAGUUAUGAACAGUGGACUAACUACUCCACAGAAAGACUAAUUUUUGAUACAUUACUCACUGAAGCAGGUCCUGUUGUUGGUGAGCAUCUCGAUGAGGUCAUACCAAUGCUUAAAACCAACUUGCGUCCCGAGAAAGACCCUGAAUUACGACUCAAGUUAUUCUCACUGCUUUCUAGACUGGUAACCAACGCUAGCUAUACUCUCAACUCGCAGGAGAGGUUUGGUGACUUUGUAAUCGUUGUAGUCAAGGAUAUGAUCAUACCUAACUGUGUGUGGCAUGCUGGCAGGACUUCGGCGGCCGUCAGGACUAUUACAGUGUCCUGCCUCUGGGCACUGUUCCAGAGUGAACUACUUACUGAUGUGAAGCUUAACCCAAUACUAGAUGACCUUGUGACUCAGCUAGUUUCUUUACUGGAAGAUGACGUAAGAACCACUCGUCUGGUCACCUGCAGAGUUCUGCAGAAACUUCUUACACUCUGCAAGCAUUCAUUUGAUCCUGAGAGAUUGCAUAAAAUGUACAUGGAGCUGCUCAAGAGAAUGGAUGAUAGUAACGAUGAAGUGAGAGUAGCCACGGCGAGGACCUUCUCGGCAUACUUCAACUGCUUCCAGUCGGACUAUGAUGCUAGUUUUUACAGGGCACACCUUGAAGAAAUGUACAAAGGUUUACUGGUACAUCUUGAUGAUCCAGAUCCCAUUAUACAGGAUGCAGUCUUUGAUGUUCUAAAACAAGCAGCCUCCAUAUGUCCAGCCAUGUUACAGAGACAAAUUGAUGACGUCAAGCAUAAACACCGAAUUCCCAAAUAUUGUAAUCAUCUAUCAGAACAUAUCAACACUCUACAGUCAUCGUCAUGACAACACUUUCUGAGAAUUAUUACGUAACAUUUUUAGAUCAUUCACAGAGAGCUGUACUCGUUGAGUAAUUUUCUGCAGCUAAUUAAUUUAAUUGAGGUGUGAGAAACAUGUUUAAUAUGUUUGUAGUGUUUUAUUUGAAUAUCGCAUAUGAUAAUACUUUAUCUAUACAUACCAUGUGUAGAAGAUCUGCUAUAGAUUGACAAUAUGUAGUCACGGCUUGUAUUAUAACAGUCAUGAAAUAUGUAGUAGCUGGAGGCAGGUAACAGGUUUUUUGCACCUUUGGAGAUGUGUACUACCAGUAGAUGCUAUGGUUGAUUUUUCAUUAUUACAGAACAUUUGUCACUUCAUGUGGUUUUCAAUAAGGGUCCUAUGCGACAUGUACAACACGUAUAAAAAAAACCCACUGUUUAUUUACACAAUUUGAACAAGCAAAUGAUUGUAGUGUUUUAAAUGAUCAAAAUUUACACAAAUUCCAUAAUGUGUACUUUUACAACUGCUGCUAUUUUGAAAUAUGUUCAAAUAGUAUUAAAGUGUUACCUGUGCUGGUUAUGUGUAAGCAGUGAAAAGUAACUACUGUUUUGUGAAAGUCUUCGCUGCAUUCACUUGCAUGUUGUCAACUAUACAUCCCUAUCUUUCUGGUAAAAUCAUGGUACUGAUCAAUCCUAACAUGGCAACAUACAGUAACAGUAAAUUAUGGGAUGGCAGUAUAUUCAUUUCUGUGAUUAUGUUAUUGUUUUAAUUAUGUGUAUAUAUGCAAAUAAUCUUGUGAGUUUUUAUGA